GCUUGCAAGCACUUGUGACCCUUUGGAUGGCAAGACCUUCCUUGCAUGUGGGUCAACCCACUACUUGAACAACAAUGUGGACUCCGGCUGGCAUGGCUCAGAGGAGUCGCUGCAGGAGUUCAUGGCCACUAUGCAGGGCCUGCCAUUCCCUUCACCACUUGUCUCGAUGCCGGGCUUUUCCAACAGGCUGAUUUGGGAUGAUAGUUUGCAUGUGGCUUACCGUGGCUUUGCAGCUGACUGGGUUGGGAGUGUCAUCGUGGAUAUCUUCGGGCGGGGAACUGCUGCAUUGGUGGAAGCACACGAAUGCGCCUCAUGGUGGGCCAAGUCUCAUGGCUACACGCUUGCGAUCGAUGAUUUUUCCUUCGACGAUGGUUACCCAUCGAUCCUAGCAAAAGCCUGGGACGUGAAACUUCUUUGCCAGUGGCUUGUGUCGAGGCUGCAUGCAUCCACCUUUGAGUGA